ACGGGCAGCAGCUGCGAGCGGAGCUGAGCCCGGCACGGAACAGCACGGCCAGCCCGGCACGGAACGGCACGGCCAGCCCGGCACGGCCCGCAGCGCUCACCGCCCCGGCCCCGCAGCAGACCCACCGCCGGAGCUGACAUCUUCCACAUCUGCUGCACAGAAAAUCAAAAUGGAAACCAUGCAUGAGUUGAUCCCCUUCGCCAAAGAAAUGCUCAGCCAGAAGCCCAACAGGAAGAUGGUCAAGCUGUACAUGCUGGGCAGCGUGCUGGCUUUCUUUGGUGUGGUUAUUGGUCUGGUGGAGACAGUGUGCAGUCCUUUCACCUCUGGGGGGACGCUAGAGGAGGAGAAGAAACCUGCCCCAACAAGAGAGCAAAGGCUUCCCCAGAAACAGGAGGAUUUGAUCUUGGAAAAGAGCAAGAAGGCGGCGGGGAUGCAGAGGGCCCUGGUGAGCAGGCAGCACGGCUGCUGAGAGCCCUGCAGCUGGAGAGGCACCUGCUGAGCAACCAAGCACAAGAGACUCUGCUGCCCUGUCCUACCUGGUGGUGGUUCCAGCAAGAAGAGAAGGGUUGGCUGAAGGAGGAGACCGCAAGUGCAAGACUUGAAAGAAGCAACCGGUUUUAUUUGCUGCUGUGCAGCAGUGGGGAAAAAAUACCUUUUGUUGGUAUAAAAAUGUGCAAGAUGCACAGCAAGGUUUCUUAUUUUUAUUACAGAUGCAUUUUACAACAUCAAUAAAUAUUUUAUAUGGUA